UUCAACGCUAAAUCUUCUUCUUCUUCUUCUUCUCAAAAACCCCAAUUCAAUACUCAAGAAUUCCAUUCAGAUUCAUUAAACAGGAAUGGAAUCUGGUAAUGAGUUUCCAUUGGAAGAGGGAAGUGGUGUUGCCGCCAUUGAUGUUAAAGAAGAUCAAGAAAAGGACGAUGGCGAACAGCCACAUUCUCAAAGAUCAAACAGAGUUGGAGUUAUAAAAACUUCUGAGAAUGUUGAUGACACCAGACAGCAAAGUUCAACCAAGAUUGUUACUAAUGAGGCUACUUCAAAGAACAAUAAAGUAGCUAAAAAUGGCCCUAGUUCUAGUUCUAGGUCAUCGGCUCGCAAGCCAAGGCCAAGUCUGUCUCAGAGUUCAUCUUUUUCAGCUAAAACCCGGAACCCGGAUUCAAUGAGGACUAGCAUUGAUGGGCACCCGGUCAAACCACAAGUUGGAUCAAAAAGUGAAGCCACUUCAACCAAUGGAACUGUUACACCAGCUUCUAGGAGAGUUUCUGGUGGAGUGAAACUGAAACCAACAGAAUUGAGUGCGAAGAAUGGUGACAUGGCUACCCGAAGAGCCACUUUAGAUUCGGUGCCAAGUGGGAGCAAGUCUGGGACUAGAAAAUCCAAUGGAAGUGAAGACUACCCUCCUUCUGAAGGCUCCAUAUCAACUGAUCAACAGUUAAUACCAGUGAAAACUGCAGUGCCAGUCAGAGAGGAUGAUGACGCUCGUUCCACUGCCUCAUCUGGGCAACGCAGGAACAGCGCGUCCGGCUUUUCUUUCAGGUUGGAUGAACGUGCUGAAAAGCGAAGAGAGUUCUAUUCAAAGUUAGAGGAAAAGACUCAUGCAAAGGAAGUGGAGAAGACGAAUUUGCAAGAAAAGUCAAAGGAAAGCCAAGAAGCAGAGAUCAAGAAAUUGAGGAAGAGCUUGACAUUUAAAGCUACGCCAAUGCCAAGUUUUUACAAAACCCCCCCUCCGAAAAUGGAGCUGAAGAAGAUACCAACCACUCGUCCGAAAUCUCCAAAGCUGGGGAGAAAUAAGAGCUCUGUGGCUGCUGUAAGCCGGUCCCUGGAAGGAACCACAACUGGUGCGAGGCCACGAGUUAGGGACCAAACUACAUCUUCAUCUUCAAGUAAGGCCAAUCUUGAGAAAGACACUGCUACUUCCAAGAAACCAAUCAGAACAUCCAAAACCAAAAGCCCACCUUCCAAGAUUCAAAUCGAACCAGAAGAAGAUGAAGAAAAGGAUGAGAACUUUGUGGAAGUUGCAGUCCCAUCUGUAAAUCCUAUUGAAGGUGAAGAUUGGAUAGAAGUGAGUGCUGAAAAGAAUGCAGCAGCAGCAGCAGCAGAGGAAGCGACCAAUCAAGAUAUGACAGGUGGCGACAAUGGGGUGGUCGUCGGAGGUUAGCAUCAUGUUUGAAUAGGUGUAGUAAAUAGGUUUUUGGUGUGAAGGUUUCUUCUGUGUUGUGAAUAGAGUGAGGAUUGUUUCUGUAUAAGGAAAGGGGAAGUUUAUAUCAUGAUGUAUGAUGAAUCUUUUGUUUGUUGAUCUGCAAAAGCAGCAGCUUGUUUCUUGUUACUUCUCACAGGCAUCAAAAUUCUAACUUUUGGUUCU